AUGGCACAGCACAGCACAGCACAGCACAGCACAACACAGCACGGCAUCAAACAUGCGUGCUCGUCCUUCCGGCUUGACACACCGCCGUGCGAGCUUCUCACAGUCAUCGAAAAGCCAACCUUGUGCAUUGCAAUCACCGCUGGCAACGCCUGCCUGAGCGUGCAGGACCCUGAUCCGCUCCCGAAACAACAGCUCAUUGUCCCAACUUCCAACUUCGAGCAAAGUCGGAUCGAAAGACAGCGCAACUUUCUGAAGCAUACCCUCUCCUACACCGGUGAGAUCGUGCAGCACACACGCCUCGCAAAGAUGCCGAGACCGUAUGGCUCUUCGUCGGCUCACAGCCCGCCUUCCAGCUCGUCCACCAGCAUUGGCGGAAGCACAUCCAAACAGACCGACCAGCUCCUGUACAACCGCUCGAAUGCUGCAAGGUAUCAGAUCGCCAGCGGCGGUAUGACCGAAGAGGAUGAUGACUACCUCCACUCCAUCGAUACAAAAUGGGACAAGUCCUCCCACGGCUGGAAUCUGCGAGGCUUCCUCAACAUCUUGACCCUCACGCUUCUCGCACUUGGUCUCAUCAUGCUCUUCCUCGGCUACCCAGUGCUCAUCAAGAUCAAGGACGUGUACGACCACGACACCAAGGGCGCUUUUGGCAUCGGUGGUACCAACGGUUCCGGUCAGGUUCCUGCUCUCGACAUUGCCUCCCUCAUCGAUGUCGACACGCCACAGAGCGCUACGAAAUGGACCAGCGGCUACGACCAGGCAUCUUACCACCUCGUUUUCAGCGACGAAUUCGAGAAGGAUGGCAGGACUUUCUGGCCUGGAGACGAUCCUUUUUGGGAGGCUGUCGAUCUUUGGUACUCGGGUACCGGCGACUUCGAAUGGUACUCGCCCGCCGCUGUCAACACCACCGGUGGUGCCAUGGUGAUCGCGCUGGAGGAGCACGAGACCCACAACAAAAACUUCCGCUCUGGAAUGGUCCAAUCGUGGAACAAGUUCUGCUUCCAAGGCGGCUACAUUGAAUUCAGCGUAAAGCUUCCCGGCUCGCCCAGCUCCAGCGGAUACUGGCCCGCCGUGUGGCUCAUGGGCAACCUCGGUCGACCCGGCUACCUGGCCACCACUGAGGGCACCUGGCCUUACUCGUACCAAGCUUGCGAUACCGGCAUCCUCCCCAAUCAGACCUUCAUCAACGGCACUGGUCCAAAUGCCGCCAUCCACUCCACCGGGACGUACGCCUACAACGGCGAACUCUCUUACCUGCCAGGCAUGCGCUACUCGUCCUGCACGUGCCCAGGCGAAGAUCACCCUGGACCCAACAACAACGUUGCGCGUUCCGCACCCGAAAUCGACAUCUUUGAAGUUCAGGUGCAGUCCAAGAACGGCGCAAAGCACUCGUACGCCUCGCAAUCGCUUCAGGUGGCUCCUUUCGACGACGCUUACGCUUGGGGCAAUGCGACUGGCGAUGCCACCAUCUACGACGACACGCUCACCGAAUUCAACACCUACACCGGUGGUCAGAUCCAGGAAGCCGUCUCUUCGGUCACGCGUGUCCCAGACACGGGCUUCCAGCUGACGCAGAACGAAUAUGUCAAGUACGGAGUCGAGUUCAGCCCCGACUUCAACUACGACGGCAGCGGCUCCAUGACUUGGUAUGUCGACGGCAAGCCGUCGUGGACAGUCAAUCCUAAGGCCUUCCCCGCGCGUCCUGCCUUGGACAUCAGCCAACGAAUCAUCCCUGUAGAGCCCAUGGCCAUCGUCAUGAAUCUGGCCAUCUCGAGCGGUUUCCAGCCGGUCGACUUUGGCGAAGGCGGUAUCACCUUCCCCGCGUUCAUGUCGAUCGACUACGUUCGCGUCUACCAGAAGGACGGCCAGUCGGACCUCAUCACUUGCGAUCCCGCCGACCAUCCCACCGCCAACUUCAUCAACACUCACAUGGACCUUUACACGAACAACAACUUGACCGCCUUCCCAAGAGACAAGUACACAUGGCCUCGCAAUAAGCUCCAAGGAUGUUAG